AACACUGGUAACGUCGAUGAAUCAGAGACAGUUAAAGGACAGUAACUGUUUGGAGACGAUGUUUGACAUCACGUGCAACAUUCACAACGACUGCAACAACUACCACACUACCAUCUACAAAAAUAAAUUUGGAAACGUACAAAACCUAAAUAGUUAUCUAGAAUGUAAAAGGAAUUUUACUGACGAUGCCGGCUACAUGAUAGACUGUUCCGGCUCCUUGCCUGACAACCUCGUGGAAAGUUAUUCAUUUAUUGCUUGUAAAAUGGAAGCGAAGCGCCCAGAUAACAGAGUGGUGAAAAAGGAACAAAGAUACACUUUGCCUAAUUGUGGUGUUGAAUCAAGAUGUCAUACUAGAGAGCCGGGAUAUGCGGUAUUCAACUGCUCAGAAAAAGCCUCAGACUAUCUCAAUCUUCAGAAAGCAGAGUGUAGUUUUCCAAAGCAGUCCAACUGUUUAAAACCCGGACGAAAGGUGUUUGAUAUGUACAAGGAUAGAUUUGACAAUCUGACAUGUUCCACGGACAACACUGUACCAGUCUGCCGACUUUCGUGGUGCAGCGACUAUCGUUUUAUCAGGAAAAACGAGAUACCCGGAGUGGUGAUCUGUUCUCCGAGUUUCAAUGAGCGGUACGUGUCACCAACAACUACAUCUACAACAGUUCGAACGAGUCCGACGGCAUCAUCGAAUCAAAAAUAAAUCUCCAUUUUAACAGGAUUACUGCGCAGUUACCUUUAUUUAUAUAGAUUUUGUGACAGGGUAAUUUUUGAGGAAAAAACAAAGCAAACAAAAAAAGACAUAACAAAAGAAAAAUACCCCCCCCCCCGGAAUUUCACUUCUAUCAACAUUUUGUGUCCUCUUAGUUCAAUAUAAUGGAGUAUAAUUUUGAAUAACUCACCGUAUUAUUGUUUAUAUAUCAAACGAAAAUCUAAGUUGGAAUUUAUUGGAAAAUUACAAGCAAUUGAAAUUCGGUUUUUUACCGAACCGUAUUCCUGAAACAUUCCGCGAAGGAAUUCAAGCUAAUAUAACCCAGACCAAAUCAAAGAGAUUUUUUCUGUACCUAAACACAAAAAGAUCUACGCUGUUUUUACAAGAUGUUAGUCGGUUUGAAAAUUGGACAGUCACAUGAAUAUAGAACUGUUUUCUGUGAUAGAUUGAUAUAAGAACCCAAUUUUUAACCAUGUUCAAUGUAAUGUUUUCAUUUGUUAUGUUCAUACUUAAUUAAUUUGAUUCCUUGACAUUUAAUUCUGUUUUGAAUGGUGUGCAUGUCUUGCAUCUUUAAAUUAUAUACACUAUGUUUAUUUUAACAGAUAUAAAUACUACCCACCUACCUACACCCUUAUUCAUAGCCGUUAACCUAUUUUAUAUCUAAAUGCAUACCCGUUUAUCAGCCUAACAACUUUAAUACUUACCUGCCUGUCUAACUACCUACCUACUCGCAAACCUACAUGCUUGCUUAAUUGUCUGUCUACCUCCCAUAAUACCGGCUUAUUCAGCUUCCUACUUUUCUUUCUACCUCGCUACAUACCUACUUAUUUUUUUGUAAUUGUUCUUGCCUACUGUCCUGUCUACCUACAUGCCUGCCUGUUUACUCGCUUAACUAUGUAAAUUUCUACCUGCCUGACUACCUAUAUGCUGUGCUUACACGUCAGUCUACCUCCCUACACACCUGUACACAUUCUUGCCCAACAACCUGACUCACUACCGGCAUGCAUGUCUAUCCAUCUGCCUUACUACCAAUAUGCCUUCUUACCUUUUGCGUAUAAUACCUUUUUCAAUUAAUUAUUUCUCGUAUUAAUUAAUGACACAUUUAGCGCCCAACAUAACAAAUCAUUGAAAAGUUAUAAGAAGAAUAAAAGAGUAAAAUAUUCAUGAAAAAUAUGUGAUUAAAUUUGUAAUUGUGAAAGAAGAGUACUCCAAAGAAAAUUGAUUGACUUUUUUUUUUAUACUUGCACAUAUUUUAGUUUCUGAAUGUGAUAUUCGUUUUAUACAUAUAUGUAUCAAUAACAUUUCAAUCGAAACAGUUUAAGUUUUAUAUCUUUUUUUUGUUUCUAUUUUUAUAUAUGCAUGUUUGAUUUG